CUCCCCGAACCCAACAGUAUAUCUGCCCUCCACCCACCCCACUUGUCUCGCACCGCGAUUGCCCAGGCCCCAUGCGCGCGCGCGUUGCGGGGCGGCAUUGUCCCCACCCCCCAAAUGGUGCUCGUCUCGCGCUGCUCCUACGGGCGGUCCGCUGCAUCCGUCGGCCGUCGCCGCCGUCCGCCUCGCCGGGGAGUUUGGAAUUUGGCGCGAAACCCUAGCCCCCUGCCAGAAUUCGGGGUGGCGCGGGUCGGAUCAGGGGAGCCCGGGUUCUCAUUAGAUUCUCGAUUUUGUCACUGGCUGUUGGGUUUUGCUGCGCCGGAAGAGCUCAGAAGACUUCCCUUGGGUUUAUGCAUAAAAAGGUGGUUAGGGUUGCAGAACUGGAUUGAAUAAGCUUCCUAUGGUCUUUAUUGUGCUAGAACCUUCUAGCUUACUGCUUCGUCAGCUAACAAGAUCCAACUUUGGUGACAUGAGUAUUUCUCCUCGACCUGCUACUCUGCACGGUCUGCACCUUUAGAUGUUGCAUCAGCCAUCAGGGCAGCCUCUGCACAUAUUAGCUCACUGGGACACUGAUGGAAGCAAAUACUAUGAAAUUUCAUCCGGCAUUAAAAGCCUAUUGCUAAACCUCCAGCAGUAUUGGUGCAGAACUCCUUAGUUCUCCUGUUGGUUGAUUUGUGUACUGGGACAUAUUGGAUUAGAGGAGCCAGAAAACUUGAAAAUUUACUUUGAACUUAUAUUCAUGUCCUGAUUGUAUGGAAUCCCAUUUCUAAGAGAUGCCAUUAUCGACACCACCACCGCCAAAAAAUUUUCUCCCACUACCAUCACCAGUGGCUGGGCAGAGGACUCGUAUUAACCUUGGGGAAAUCAAACUAAAACUAGUUAAGAGGAUUGGUUCAGAGCGAGCAAAGAAGUACUUUGAGCACCUGCAGAGGUUUUUGUCUUUGAAGCUGAGCAAGACUCUAUUUGACAAGUUCUGCCUCACAAUACUCGGCCAUGAUAACAUUCAGCUUCAUAACCACCUCAUUUGCUCUAUUCUCCACAAUGCCUGCCAAGCCAGUAGCCCACCGACAGUCAGUACACCUAAAUCAAUUGGAGUUGCCAAGAAUUCAAAUCAUGUUUUAAGUCCUACAGUCCCUGUCUCUGACAUUAGUGAUGUUCUGCAUCAUCAUGUGAAGGACCACUAUCCACAAAGCAGAAAUGCACAUGUUCUCCAGGAGAAUGGUGCUGUGCAUUUGACCAAACUGAAGAGAUUUCCGCAGCCUCAACAAAGUGAACUUGUGGAACAACUGUCCAAACGAUCACGUGUGGAGAAUGCAUAUUCAAAUUUAUCUGAUUCCACAAAUAGCAACUGUACUGGUAUCUCUGGUAGAGAACAUGUGGAAGCGGUUGCAGAGCAUGCUCGAUGUCCCAUAACUGCCCCACUAGGGGCUGCCUUCUGUUCUUGUCAUAUUGGUCAUUUUGGUGGGAAUUUGAAAACUUUGACACUUCCCUCUAGUUCUAGCAGUGAUAACUCUGUUUGUUGUUAUGACCUUGGUCAGCUGUGUGAUACUUCAUCACUGAGACAGCGUAUGGGAAGAAUAGCAGAAACAGAAGGGUUAGAUGGUGUGUCAUUAGAAUGUGCUAAUUCAUUGAAUAAUGGAGUUGAUUUUUUCUUGAAACAACUUAUUGGAUCUUGUAUGGAGCUAAUAUCAGCAAGAUCUCAGCAUGAUCGAAUAAAUCAUAUGGCACUAAAACAACAGUUGGGUCAAAAGCUAUUAAUUGGUGUGCAGCUGCAAAAUCAGGUCCAUGGUCGAAGUGCCACUACAUGUCCGCAAAUGCACUCAGUUUCAUUGCAAGACUUCAAGGCUCUAUCAGAGACAAAUCCUCAGCUGCUUGGAGUCAAUGCAUCACUGGUACUUGAAAAAAUGAAUUCAUGACUAAUCAGUUAGGAUGCAAAUGGAUUAAUCUUUCUACAGAGUUUGAUUUUUGCCUAUCAGGCAAGAGGAUUGAAAGCUCAAAAUCCUAUCUUUGUCACAUGCACCAUCAGUCAAUGGUAUGUGGAUGUUUGCACGACUUAGAAAAUGCAUCCAGCUGAGGUCGUAGCACCAAAUGUGACAAUGAUGAAGUGUGAGCCUUGCCCAGCGUACUUCUCCACAAAUUCCAUGUGAACAUCCAAGUCCUGACUUACUUCUGCGCAUAUAUGCAGCUGAGGUGUUUCUUCCUAUUUCAUCUCUGUUGCCUUGCGAAGUCCAAGCCUGCCUCCAUACACUUACUGCAGCUGAGGUGUUACUUCUGUUUCAUCUCUGCUACUCAAAGGAUGUUUUGACAUUCUUAGUCUCAUAUGUAGCAGACACCAAAUCUUCUCAGCAUGGUGUGUCUCCUAUGGUGCAUGGUGUAUAUUUUCAUAAUUUAUUGAUAGGCAACUGAAGAUCCUGUUCUGGUGAACUCCAUGGCUCACUAUUAAGACUGCUCCAUCAAAAUAAGUGAAGAUCUCAUAACUUCUAGAGAAUGUUGAUCAUAGAAAGACAUCCAUUUUGUGCUUCUGUGCACCAGUGAGGAGUCAAGACUGUACACGAUGCAAGGUGCAAAGCAGAUUCAGUACAGGGCUUCCAGGACAAAAAGAUGUUGAUCGUUCCAUCUAAGAGAAGGCAAAUAAUUGUGGAAUAUUGACUGCAAAGCGCGCAAACUGAGGAUUAAUAGGAAGUAAAUGGCAUCGUUCAAGAUGCAACAGCCGAGAGAACAUUGCAACCACACAGAUCCAAACUAUGCUGCCAUUCUGCCAAGAAAGAGGGCAUACCUCGGCUGACCUCCGAGCUGUUCACACGGAGUCCAAAGGCCGAUCAAUCUCUGCAAUCCAUGGUCACCAAUGGAAUAGAGAAGGAGAAUGCUUGCAUUGAUGUGCCCCACUUUUUAGGGCCUGCCUUCUUCACCCCGAGAAUCUAGGCGGUUGCUGUGUUGAAAUAGUCCGAGGAAGGCCACUGGCUGAAAAGACUUGUGAAUGUUUGGCCCUUGUGCUUCCGUUGGUUGUAUUCGGUGGGCAGUCCAUAAAUAGUGAGCAGAAACGUCCCUGGCCUCCGUUGAGCCGCUAUUCUAGAUGUCCGGGCAACGGAUCCGCCGUUUUGGCUUUUCAAGCCUAUAUAAACGGAGGGCAGCCAGGCACGGUUACAUGCGUGCCUGUCUAUGAACUGCUUUGUUGCUGGCACGCGUGUACCCUACUGCACAUUGUGCAUGUUUGACAAGAGAUUGUAUUCUGUAUACCGUGGGACUCUGUCACGAUCACAAGUCACAUGACAUGAGUUUAGCAAGGCAGUGUAUACUUGUGGUCCUGGUGUUGAGAAAACAUCAGACCAGACCUCUAUUCUGAGCAUAUCGCGAAACGUUCCCAGGACAUAUAUGGUGUCAAAUAUGCAAAUGUGACUUGAUUAAGGGCAAUUAAAAGUUUCGACGGAA